CUCCCCUCCGCCGGUCCCGCCCUCCGUCGCGGCGGCGCGGUGCACCCUGGGAUAGGGAGCGAUCUCCGAGCGAGGCAGCAAGAUGGACGCGGGAUUCUUCCGCGGAACAAGUGCAGAACAGGAUAAUCGGUUCAGCAACAAACAGAAGAAACUACUGAAGCAGCUGAAAUUUGCAGAAUGCCUAGAAAAAAAGGUGGACAUGAGCAAAGUAAAUUUGGAGGUUAUAAAGCCUUGGAUAACAAAACGAGUAACAGAAAUCCUUGGAUUUGAAGAUGAUGUUGUGAUUGAGUUUAUAUUCAACCAGCUGGAAGUGAAGAAUCCAGACUCCAAAAUGAUGCAAAUCAACCUCACUGGGUUUUUGAAUGGGAAAAAUGCUAGAGAAUUUAUGGGAGAACUUUGGCCUCUACUGUUAAGCGCACAAGAAAACAUCGCUGGAAUCCCUUCUGCUUUCCUAGAACUUAAGAAAGAAGAAAUAAAACAGAGACAGAUUGAACAAGAAAAAUUGGCAUCUAUGAAGAAACAAGAUGAAGACAAAGAUAAGAGAGAUAAGGAAGAAAAAGAGAGCAGCAGAGAAAAAAGAGAGAGGUCUCGAAGCCCAAGAAGAACCAAGAGCCGGGAGUCCUUUCCUGCUCCAGAAAAGAGAAAAACUCCAGAGCUCCCAGAACCUUCAGUGGAAAGUAAAGAACCUUCAGUACAAGAGGCCACAUCUACAAGUGACAUCCUGAAAGUUCCCAAGCCUGAACCUAUACCAGAGCCUAAAGAACCUUCUCCAGAAAAAAAUUCCAAAAAAGAAAAGGAGAAGGAAAGACUCGACCAAGAUCUCGGUCCACGUUCCAAAUCAAGAUCACUGACGCGUUCUCGGUCUCCUUCUCACACGCGACCAAGACGGCGCCAUAGGUCCCGAUCAAGAUCAUAUUCACCUAGAAGGCGGCCAAGCCCAAGAAGGCGGCCAUCUCCUCGAAGAAGAACUCCGCCAAGACGAAUGCCUCCUCCACCAAGGCACAGAAGGAGUAGAUCUCCAGUGAGACGAAGAAGGCGUUCAUCAGCAUCCUUGUCUGGGAGUAGCUCAUCAUCCUCUUCAUCUCGUUCCCGAUCCCCACCAAAGAAGCCUCCCAAGAGGACAUCUAGCCCCCCUCGAAAAACUCGUAGGUUAUCUCCUUCAGCGAGUCCUCCUCGGAGAAGACACAGGCCAUCACCUCCAGCAACUCCACCACCAAAAACUCGUCAUUCCCCAACACCCCAGCAGUCAAAUCGUACAAGAAAAAGUCGUGUGUCUGUGUCCCCAGGGAGAACUUCAGUGACAAAACAUAAAGGUACUGAGAAAAGAGAGUCACCUUCACCAGCACCAAAGCCUAGAAAAGUAGAGUUAUCUGAAUCAGAAGAAGAUAAAGGUGGCAAAAUGGCUGCAGCAGAUUCUGUGCAGCAGAGACGCCAAUACAGACGACAGAACCAGCAGUCUUCUUCUGACUCUGGCUCCUCCUCCUCCUCAGAAGAUGAGCAACCCAAGAGAUCCCACGUAAAGAAUGGUGAGGUAGGCAGGCGGCGGAGACAUUCCCCUUCUCGGAGUGCCUCUCCUUCACCACGAAAGCGCCAGAAAGAGACUUCCCCUCGUGGUAGACGGAGGAGAAGUCCCUCCCCACCACCCAGAAGGCGACGCUCUCCUUCUCCUGCUCCUCCUCCUCGGCGGCGCAGAUCUCCCACACCACCACCACGGCGAAGGACUCCUUCUCCUCCCCCUCGUCGGCGCUCACCUUCCCCAAGAAGAUACUCUCCUCCAAUACAGAGAGAAUACUCUCCUUCUCCGCCUCCAAAGAGAAGAACAGCCUCCCCCCCACCCCCUCCUAAACGACGGGCAUCUCCAUCUCCACCACCAAAGCGCCGGGUCUCCCAUUCUCCUCCUCCCAAACAGAGGAGCUCCCCAGUUACCAAGAGACGAUCACCUUCUUUAUCAUCAAAGCAUAGGAAAGGAUCUUCUCCAAGCCGCUCUGCCCGGGAGGCCCGGUCACCACAACCAAACAAACGGCAUUCUCCCUCACCACGGCCUCGAGCUCCUCAGACAUCCUCAAGUCCUCCACCUGUUCGACGAGGAGCAUCAGCGUCACCCCAAAGAAGGCAGUCCCCAUCUCCAAGUACUAGGCCCAUUAGGAGAGUCUCCAGGACUCCAGAACCUAAAAAGACAAAAAAGGCUGCCUCACCAAGCCCACAGUCCGUAAGAAGGGUCUCAUCCUCCCGAUCUGUCUCUGGAUCUCCUGAGCCAGCAGCUAAAAAGCCCCCAGCACCUCCAUCCCCAGUCCAGUCUCAGUCACCCUCAACUAACUGGUCACCAGCGGUACCGGUCAAAAAGGCUAAAAGCCCAACACCAAGCCCAUCACCGGCCAGGAAUUCAGAUCAAGAAGGAGGCGGAAAGAAAAAGAAGAAAAAGAAGGACAAGAAACACAAAAAGGAUAAGAAACACAAGAAGCACAAAAAACACAAGAAGGAAAAGGCUAUGGCCGCAGCGGCUGCAGUGCCUGUGACCCCUGCAGCCGUUGCUGCUGCCACAACUACAUCAGCACAGGAGGAACCUGAGGCAGCACCAGAGCCGAAGAAGGAGACUGAAAGCGAAGCUGAAGACAACCUUGAUGACUUAGAAAAGCACCUGCGAGAAAAAGCCCUGAGAUCCAUGCGGAAGGCUCAAGUGUCCCCUCAGUCUUAGGUGGAAAUGUUUGUUAUGAUGUAAAUUUUAUUUGGUUUGUACUCGAUUCAAUUUCAAAAUUGCUAAAAUGUGUUUGAGCUUUAGACUAUAACAUUUGUUGUAAUAAUUGCUAGGUUGAAGUUCACCAUGUUAAAAAAAAAAAAAGGGCAUGGAUUUACAUUGCAAAA